AUGUCGCACUCAGAUGCUUUCUCUUCUCUUUCUGACCUUGAUUCUGAUCUAUCUGACCCACCAGACGAUUUGGACGAAAUUGUCUUCUCUCCUGACGCAGAGAGCAUGGAUAGCUCAGAGUCCUUUCUCAAGAGGAGAUCGACUGCUUCGCCCAGCCUCGAGGACUCUGACAGCGAUGCCACUGACAGAGGCCAUAGUCAAGACUCCCAUUCGACUCCUUAUGGCUCCAGCAAGCUUGAAGAACUUCCCAACGAGGUUCUGAACAAAAUAGUCGCAUACCUUCCCGAUGACCAUGAUUUUGUCAAUCUGAUGAGCACGAGCAGCAGUUUCGCCGCCGCCCUUGCUCCAAAGGAAUCUGCAGUGUGGAAAGAGAGGUUUCUUUCUCUCUACGAUCAGGCCUACGUGACCAGCCCUGAGGAAUACGCCUGGGCGUAUAAACUGCGGCGUCUUGUUCUCAAGAAUUUCAAGCCGUUUACGAAUCCAAAGGACGAACGCCUGCUUGUCCAACUGUGUGUAUUGAAAGAUAUGAUCAUAGAGGCAUUUCUUCCGGUCCACGCUCAUCUUGCCUCCCCACUGGCCUCUCGCAAUCUUGCGGCUCUUUCAUCGCCUGCAACCUCGCCGUACAUGGUUACUUUCUUGUCCAGCUUCUUGUUCCCCAAAGUCGGUAGCCGAUAUGGUCAGCCUGAUCCCCUCUUCGACGCCGUGCAACUCGUCCUUUCAUAUCUCAUACUGUCUCCUGACUCGAAGAUUGCUCAUGUUGUGCCCUCCUCGAGAGACAACUAUGACAUAACCGUCGUCUAUAACUGGGGCAAAUCGUUCAGUACUCUGUUCCGGCGUGUCCCGGAGAAGGCUGGUUUGCAAUCAGGUCGAUUGAGGAGGAAUAACAUGUUUCCCAAUCUCAAAUCCCGGAGACUCAUUACUGCCCCCAAGGUCAAAUACGAAUUGGACACCCACGCACUCCUUCACAUUCGAAACUUCUGGCAUCGGCACCUGAUUGAAAGUGGGGGACAAGCAAGCUUGACUCAGGUCCAGAUGGGAGUGUUUGGAGAAAACACAUAUGCGAAAAUGGCAAAAGACCUCAGACGUGCAGGCAUCACACCCAAAGCGUGGGACAAGCAAUUGCAAGAUGGACUACCAGAUAUUGCGACAAAAUGGUACGGCCAUUGGAGUUGCUUACAUCCCUGGCCCAAGAAGAAACAAGCUCUGGAGGAAAUGCAGACUUGUGCUGAAGACUGGGAAACUGCGGAUCCUUUGAAACUCGACUUGUGUACCACCACUGACAAUGAGGAGUUUGGAUACUGGCCACCCAUUUUCCAGGCGAUCCCUGCCUUCGCCAAGUCCAUCCCCGAAUCUGCCUCUUGUUUGUAUUUGCGAGGUGUGGCCCCUUUUGUCCAGCUUUCUUCAUCGCGCGCCAACAAGAAAGUCACUGGUAAUUCUCGAUCAACGUUGACAGUACCUCUCCACAAGUACCAUCCAUUUCUUGCCCUUCGUGUGCGCGGCCUCAUCCAUACUAUCCCAAGUCAACCUAACGACGAUGGGAUUCCUGGCUGGAAUCGAAUCGUCAUGGUUUUGUAUAAACCAUCAAAGAGAUACCUGAUUGAGGUCCUGGAGAAUGCCGAGGAAGAGUACGGUGACCCAUUCGCGACUGUUGCGACAAAUCAAGCGGGACAAGGUCAAGGUGCUGCAACGGCAAUCAUGGACCCGGCGGAAAUUGAGCGUGCGCUCGAGUUGUACCUAAGACACAAACUGAUCACGAAUCCAUCAUGGCGGAAUCCGGAGCGCAUGAAUCGCGAAGUCAUUGAAGAAAUCGAAGAGCUGUUCCGCCUCGGCGAGUAUUUGGACUGGGACGACAUUGACUACGCUUAUGCAUACGAAGGAGUUGUUUUGCCCGGUGGCAAGAUCAUGAUGGGUCGCUGGUGGAGAUGUGGCAUGGUUGGAGAAGAUGAUGCCAUGGAAUUGGACGAAGAAGGGAUGCCUGUUGGGGAGCCGGAGCAGAAUCAAGGUCCAACUGCACCGAUGAACAACGACAGCAGCGGUAGCAGCAGUGACGACAAUCUUGACGCCGGCGCUGGCAAUUCUGGUCAACCAAGUCAGGGACAAUCAUCUCAAGAAUCUCAGGCUACAAAUACAGCUCCUACUGGGUCACAGAUGGAUGAGGAUGUCGACAUGAUGGAUGCUGGUACGGAUGGAUUGGCAACUGGUGGAACCGCCAGCAAUGCGAGCAGCCAGUCUAGCACUUCGACCAAUGCCAGCAACAACGACAACACUAGCAAUGCUGGGAAUGCCAAUGCCAAUCCCAAUGCCAAUCCCAAUGCCAAUCCUAAUGCCAAUCUCAAUGUGCGCCCUCACCGACUGCUGGAACGAGGACCCUUUGUCUUUUGGUGCUGA